AUGUCAAAGUCAAAUCCCAACACUAUUGAUGUUCUUGAUUCUCAAGUCAAGACUGAAUUUAUCCAGGAUUAUAAUACCCGUCUUUCAAAUUAUGAAUAUACUUUAGAUUCAUAUUGGAAAUUUUCAAUUGUUCCAAAUAUGUUUAAACAAUCCUUAUCGGAAACUGAUGAAACUGAAUUUGAUUAUUUAAAAGAACAUUUCGGUAUAAUGGGAACAUGGGAUGAAAUAAUCACCAAUUUGCAUGAAUUAAAUCAAAAGGCAAACCAAGAUGAAGAACAAUAUAAGAUCUUAUAUUUAGCUAGACAUGGUCAAGGAUAUCAUAAUCUCGCCCAUACUAAAUACGGUGACGAUGCAUGGAAUGAAUAUUGGUCGAAAUUAAAUGGCGAUGGAGAAAUAGUAUGGGGUCCAGAUGCAUUAUUAACCGAUUUGGGUAUUCUGCAAGCAAAAGAUAAUAAUCAAACUUGGAAACUGGAACAAAUCAAUAAUGAAUCAAAAAAUAAGGAUUUAAUCAUCCCAACUAGAUUCUACGUGUCUCCUUUGAGUAGAUCUAUUGAUACCCUUUACCAUACUUGGAAUGAUAUCGUUGAUUUAAAAUCGCUUGGUCCAUAUAUUCAAGAAAAUUGGAGAGAAACAAUGGGUGUACAUACUUGCGACAAAAGAUCAUCUCGUACAAUUAUUGCCAAUAAAUAUGAAGACAAGGGAUUUAUAAUCGAACCAGGGUUCGCUGAAGAAGAUAUUUAUUAUCAAGAUGAUUAUCGUGAAUCAGUGGGUGAACAAGCUUUGAGAAUUAAUAAGGCUUUACAACAAUUGUUUAAUGAGUAUCCACUGGAUGAAAUUGUUAGUAUUACUAGUCAUAGUGGAAGUAUUAGAGCACAAUUAUUGGCAGUGGGACAUCGUUCCUUUGCUGUGGGUACUGGUGGAAUGAUCCCUGUGUUUGUUAAAGCUACUAAAGUUUCAAAGAAGAAGAAAGAUGAACUGAAAGGGUGUACAGUUUGUUAA